AUGAUGAGUUCUCUUGAUUUGCUGAAGUCUCUUGAAAAUUUGUUGGUUCGUAUUAAUAUUCCUAAUCAAGGUUUGAAGCAACUUCUCAAGAAAAAUGAGGAUGUGGGAAGCAGAGUUCGUAACCAUAUGAAGCUGAGGAACAAAAUUAAGGAGUGUCUUACUACACUAAAAUCACUUCCUCAAACAUUCCCAGUUCCAAAUUUCUCCAAUAUUUAUGAAAUAAAAGAAUUUUGCUUGGGGAAUGCUUGUCUGCUUUUUUGUACUGCAUCAAGCUCCAUUAAAUUGCACAAAAAAAGAAUGGCACCAAUACAUUUUUUGGUUAUUGAUGAAGCUGCACAGCUUAAAGAAUGUGAAUCAAAUAUUCCCUUACAACUCUCUGGUCUUCGCCAUGCCGUUCUUGUUGGGGACGAAAGACAGUUGCCAGCAAUGGUUAAUAGCACGAUUUCUGAGAAAGCUGGAUUUGGAAGAAGUUUGUUUGAGAGGUUGGUAAAGAUUGGAUACAAAAGGUACCUCCUCAACAUCCAAUACAGAAUGCAUCCUUCCAUAAGCUUAUUUCCAAAUAGAGAAUUCUAUGGCAAGCAGAUUUUGGAUGCCCCGAAUGUCAAAGAUAUAAGUCAUGAAAAACAUUUCCUUGGAGGAAAUAUGUAUGCUUCCUAUUCAUUUAUAAACGUAGCCCAUGGGAAAGAGGAAUUUGAUGAGUUUCAUAGUUUGAAAAAUAUGGUUGAGAUUGCUGUUAUUGCUGAAGUACUCGCAAACCUAUAUGAAGAAUUCAUUAGAACAAAGAAGAAGGUUAGCAUAGGUGUCGUAUCACCAUACAAGGCUCAGGUUCAUGCAAUUCAAGAGAAGAUUGGAAAAAAAUACAGUUCAAAUUCUGAUGGGGAAUUCUCUGUAAAUGUUCGCUCCAUUGAUGGUUUUCAAGGUGGUGAAGAGGAUGUUAUAAUGUUUUCCACUGUUAGAUGUAACGACAAAGGAUCAGUGGGUUUUCUUUCCAACUGGCAAAGAGCAAAUGUAGCACUAACACGCGCAAGAUAUUGCCUUUGGAUAUUUGGAAAUGAAGCAACUUUAAGUAAGAGCAGCUCUAUUUGGAGAAAGGUAGUCAGUGAUGCCAAGUUGCGAGGCUGCUUCUAUAAUGCUGAUGAUGACAAAAGAUUGGCAGAAGCUAUUAUAGCUGCCCCAAUUGCGCUUGACCAAAUUGAUGCUAAAAACUUACUGACAAGCACUUCUGGAGGUGAUGCUAUUAAACUUUCAGAAUCAUUUUCAUCACUCAGUAUAAGGGAUGAAUCAACUUCUCCUGGCACAAUUCAAAAAGAAGAAGUCAAGUUGAAGUACCAAGCUCAGAGUAAAGCCAAUACAUCUGGAUCAAACCCAUGGAAAUAA